AUGACAGCCCACGCACUCACUUCUCGUGCUGAGGUUGCAGAUCAGGCUGUGAGUGUUCGCGCCGAAUUGAAAAUCUGGGAAAAAGACUUCGCGUCUACACACGAUGGGAAAAAGGCUGGCCGCGACGAUAUCAAGCAGAACCCCGAAAUUGCCGCGAAAUACAAAGAGUAUACUCGACUCAAAAACCUCGAGGCCUCCCUAGCCCGGCGCGAGAAUCGCAGACAAGAACACUCCGAGAGCCACUCCAAGAAGCGAAAGCAUGCGUCACCUACUGGUCCAGGAUCGCGUGUGGAAGGAACGCCGCGCAAGUCGACCAAAGGGCUCUUUGCAACUCCGUCCAACAACCGCACCAAAGAGAUCCAUCCAUCGCAAUUAGAUCCCUACGACUCGCCCUCGACCUUCCGGAGGCUGUUCAGUCCCAGCACACACCGACAGAGCCUACCAGCACCCUCUCCUCUGAAAGCAGCCAUUGGCCCCACGCCCCAGCGCGAUGGUAAAACCCUGGGUUUAUUCGACAUGCUCUCUGAGUCGGGUGGGAGCCGUGCGACACCGUCAGCAAAAAGGCACAAGGACGUGUUAGGAGCAGGAUUCCAAACACCGUCAAAGCGCAAGGCGUUCGAACCCAUUACAGAAGCCCCAGAUGAGGAGGAGGAGGAACCCUCCAGAUUGUCGCGGACUCCAGCAUCUUCGACGAAACAAUUCUACCUCGCCAAUCUUUUCGCGACUCCGACUACGAUGCGCUAUGCUGCCAUGGUAGAGGCAGAAGAUGAGAAAGCCGAACACCAGAACGCAUCGCAACAAUCGGCAACCGCAGCAUCACCAGAGCCGAAUCCUUCAGAGACACCGUCCUUCCUUCGCAGGUCUAACUUCGGACGCCUCCCUCAACCCAAACACAAUGACAGCGCCGGUCUCAGUCCCAUCGCUUCUCGAAAGCCAAUACAGUUCGCCGGAAGGGGGCUUUCGCACAUCGUCCAAGGUCUUCGUGCCAUGGAAGAGGAGCACAACGAUGACGAAUGGGAUAUGCUACGCGAAAUCGAAGCAGAACAAGAAGCCGCCGAGAUGAACGCACCCGAAAACUAUUAUCCCGUUGAGCAGAAGGGCAAGCCGUAUAAGAAGAAGGGCCAGAAACGCACGACUCGAAGAGUAAUCAUGCGGCCGGUUGCGCCUCGUCCCAAAUCAAAGCCAGAAGUCAGUGCACCCAUCGAUGAUAGUGACGAUGAACUGGCCGCUGUUCCGGAGACGCAGCUUGCAGCCCGUGCGAAGGGUGAGGAUGAGCAGCAGGAGAUUGAAAUCCCCGACGACUUUGCUUCACUGCAUAGCAUCUCUGGAGCAGAAUCCGAUUUUGACCCUGAACCCGAUGCGGAUUCGGACGUUGAUCCCGAAUUCGGUGAGAGGCCUAAACCGAUAGCUCGGGCGAAGAGUUUCUCGGAGCGCAUCAAGGAAGCUGUGGGCUUCAUGCCGAAAUCUAAAGAACCACCGGCCAAGGCCCCGGCGCCUGAGAAGGAGGAGAAAGAGGAGAACAAGAAGGUCAAGAAGGUUAACCCCCAGGCGCAUGCAAAUUAUCGCUCUUUGAAGAUUCAUAGAGGUCGUGGUCGUGGUGGCGGACGCUUUCGUCGGAGAUAA